ACUUCGUGUGGGCGGGCUUAUAAUAGAGUGAAUUGACAAAAUUUUAUGACUGGACUAGGUUUCUCGAUUUUUUUUAAAUCUAUAUUUUCAUGUAAUGUCCAAUGUUCAAGAUGGCGAAUGUUGUAAUACAUCAUUGCGCCGGCGAUCACAAUUGACAAUUACCUUCAAAGUAUAUUUGGUAAACACUUUGUUUAAAGAUAAUAAUAAUCGCAACAUGGAGUCUGCGGGUGACUGGUGCCUGAUCGAAAGUGAUCCUGGCGUCUUUACGCAACUGAUUAAGAAAUUUGGUGUUAAGGGUGUCCAAGUGGAAGAGAUGUGGACUUUUGAUGACAGCAUUUUUGAUAACCUAAGACCCGUUCAUGGAUUGAUAUUCUUGUUCAAAUAUUUGCAACAUGAUGAACCUCCUCAUCCCGUAGUCAGGGACAAUAGGCUGGAGAAAAUAUAUUUUGCUAAACAGGUGAUAAACAAUGCAUGUGCGACACAAGCUGUUGUAAGUCUCCUUUUGAAUUGCAACCAUCCAGAUGUCAUAUUAGGGCCGGAGUUGACAAAGUUAAAGGAAUUCAGUAUGUCAUUUGAUCCAAGGAUGCGCGGUCUCACACUAAGCAACUCUCAGACUAUAAGAAGUGCACAUAACUCUAUGUCCCAACAAGCUCUGUUUGAAUUUGAUCCAAAAGUCCCCACAAAGGAUGAGGAUGCUUACCAUUUCAUUGGAUAUAUGCCAAUUGAUGGACGGCUGUAUGAACUAGAUGGACUCCGCGAGGGACCCAUCGAUCAUGGACCGAUUGCUCCGGAACAAGAUUGGUUGGAUGUCGUACGUCCUAUUAUUGUGUCUCGCAUUAAUGUAUACACGGAAGGCGAAAUACAUUUUAACCUAAUGGCUCUUGUAUCAGAUAGAAAAAUGAUAUACGAGAGACAAAUACAGGCGCUCAUGAGUGAGACCAGGAUGCUUGGCAUGGAAACAGAUGACGUGGACGUUGAAAUAAGAAGAUUGCGUAUGCUAAUAGAAUACGAAGACGCCAAAAUGUUGAGAUACAACCAGGAGAUGUUGAGGAGACGGCAUAAUUACUUGCCGUUCAUCAUCACACUGCUCAAGAUAUUGGCGGAGGAGAAGAAGUUGUCGCCUCUCUUGGAAAAGGCGAAGGAGCGCGCGCUCAAGAAGGGGCCUAAGAAAGUGAAAGUAUAACAGGAAGCCUCGGGAGGGCGCAGGGUCUCACGACCGCGUCUCCCGCGCCGUGUCUCCCAGUCCAGCCCCUCGCGGGUGCUGCCGCCCUCCGAGCACAUGCAAUAUUCUUUAGCAGAUUUAGAUUCUAUAUUUAGAGAGCCUCAAGAGCCUCCGAGCCAGUUGGAGCCGCAGGACGUUUUGCAGCAGAGCUUAUUAGAACCGCCAGCUGACAUGGACAUGUUGGCCACCGACGACUUCCUCAAAGACGUCGUCCUGGACACCGGCUUCGAGCACGACCUCAUAGACGUUCAUGAUAUAUUUGACGAAAAUAUGAUACCAACCGAAGAAUUCCCACACGACGACAUCUUAGACCCCGAUGAACUGCUCAUCAGAGACUACAUGCGCAAUCCCGGAAACGAAGAAGAACGCGAUGCGGAAUAGUACAUUGAAAGACUUCAUGCUUUGUGAAAUUAUUUUAAAGUGUAAGAUAAUUAACAUUGAAUAUACCGUGCAAUAAGGAUUGUUUUAACAAAUAGCUUCAUUAUAAAAACAACAAAGUUUUAUGUAUAUAACUAGAAAGAUUGUUGUAAAAUAUAUAUUUAUAAUGUAAAAAAGAAAUUUUAAAUGGACUCAUAAUAACUCUUGUUUUU